AUGGACAGUUCAUGCACCAAGAAAACGGUUACUGCUUCAGGGGUAUCGGAGACCCCAGAGCCGGCGGUUGGGGGACGGUGCUCGCCCCAGGUGUCGUCAUCACCCGUUAGCACCAAAAGUGUAGAAGUGCUGAGGCAGGCUUCUACCGCCAGCAACGGAGCUAGUAGAGUUACUGCCGGAGGGAGUGCGAAACAGGCUCUCUCCAGUGGCCGGAAAGCCACUGAAGAUACUGUAGGAUCAACUGGAGCUGGAUCGAUGAGCAUCCCCGACGGUUGGAAAAACCUUAGGGGCUGUUUGAAGGCGCAGGACGGAGACCUUAAACUCCUGACAGCCAAAGCGAGGGACCUCGAGCUGUGGUCUGUUAAAGUGAGAAGCAUCGAAGCCAAGGCGGCUAUAGAAGGGGUGCUUCUUGCUGUAGCAGCAAUAGGUUCAGUCCGUGAAGCGGUAGCAAAGGCUGCCAACGCCAUGACAAAGGCGGUCAACGAUGGCGGUCAGUCCCGGAGUGGUGGUGCGGCAGCAGGCAUGACGGGCGUAUGUGCCUCUACGCAGACCAUUGCGAUUGGGACCAACCCGGUCAAAAGGGUCUGUGCGGGGACGCAGACGACAGACCAGGCGCAGCAGAAGCCACAACAGCGUCAGCGCCAGCGGCAACAGCAGCAGCAACAACCACAGCAGAAGCCGCUGCAGCAGCAGCGGCAGCAACAGCAGCAGACCGCAGCCGUCACCAUUGACCGCCCGGCCGAGGGGGGUUCGCUGGCGGCAGUCAUGAAAAGGGUGUCUGGUUCCGUGAGCUUGGCAAGUCUCGGGGUCAAAGUGGUGACUACGAGGCGCACCAAAGCCGGCGGAAUCCUCCUCGAAGUGGAAGGCGAGGAAAAAGCCAGAAUCCUGGAGAGGAGGAUCCGAGAGGUGGUAGGAGAGGCCGCCAGAGUAAGAAGGCCCGAGCGGAAGACUCCCGUCCUCCUUCUGGAUGUCCCUGAAUGGGUAGAAGUGGAGGACGUGGUCGGAGGGCUCGGCGCGGCCGGAGUAGUCGUCGCGGCUCCUGACGCUGACCGAAUUUCCAUCAGGAAAAACGGUGGCAGCCGCGGCGACCGCGUCGCGAGGGUAGAUUUACCUUUCCGCGACGCCAUCGCUCUGGCCGAGGCAAAGGUGGUGGUGGUCGGCUGGACCCGUUGCAGGGUAAAGCUUCUUGAAAAGAAGCAAACCACCUGCUUCCGGUGCCAGCAAAAGGGCCACCUCGCCGCCGAGUGCCGCAACGCGGCAAAGCCUCGGGCCUGCUACAGGUGUGGAGCCACCAGCCACCUCUCGCGGGGCUGCUCGGAAGGCAGAAGAGGAAGCGGCGGCCCAUCUUCGGUCGUUGGAGGAAGUUUUAGCGGUGGUACAACAGUAGCGGUGGAGGAGGGGCCUGCCGAGAUGCAGCCAGUGGCGGAGGAGUCGUCGCAACAGUUGGCCGGGCGGCCGGCGGGCCGUUCCGCCUCCGCGUCGUCGUCGUCGGGGCCGCAGCCGUGA